AUGGAAAUUACUCUGAACUAAAAUCAUCAUAUUGGAGGUCAAUAUAUUCAGUAGAGUCUUAAGAUAUUUACUAUUGUUCUAAUAAUCCCUCAAGUUGUUAAGGAGGUAGUGGAAUAGGAAAUGAGCUUUGCUAUGAAGGCCAUGUAGGAGCCUAAUGUUUGGACUGUGAUCUUUAUGGUGCUUAUUGGAAUGAAAGAUUUUCUAAUGUGGGUUUCUUUUAAUGUGUAAAGUAGAAAACGCUUAGUAGUUUCUUUUGUCUAAAACUUGACAAGGAUAAAUAUUAUUCUCUUAUUGACCUAAGUUUGGAAUGUGGAAACUCUCCAGAACUCUAUAGAAUAUAAUGUCUAAGCUUAGUGA